CUCUCUCGUCCACCUAGACCCUGGCCAGUCACCAGCGUCCCCUGCCUUGGUGUCCACACCCUCUGCACCCUAAGCUGCACCCCAGCGGCCGGCGCGGGGGCCUCAGACUCGGCUGGAGAUGCGAAUCCUGCAGCGCUUCCUCGCGUGCGUCCAGCUACUGUGCGUGUGUCGCCUGGACUGGGCUUAUGGAUACUACCGACAACAGAGAAAACUUGUUGAAGAGAUUGGCUGGUCCUACACAGGAGCAUUAAAUCAAAAAAAUUGGGGAAAGAAAUAUCCAAUAUGUAAUAGCCCAAAGCAGUCUCCUAUUAAUAUUGAUGAAGACCUUACACAAGUCAAUGUGAAUCUUAAGAAACUGAAGUUUCAGGGUUGGGAAAAAGCAUCCUUGGAAGACACGUUCAUUCACAACACUGGGAAAACAGUGGAAAUAAAUCUCACUAAUGACUACCAUCUCAGUGGAGGGUUUUCAGAAAAGGUAUUCAAGGCAAGCAAAAUAACUUUUCACUGGGGGAAAUGCAACGUGUCUUCUGAAGGCUCGGAACAUAGUUUAGAAGGACAGAAGUUCCCGCUGGAGAUGCAAGUCUACUGCUUUGAUGCAGACCGAUUCCCAAGUUUUGAGGAGGCAGUUAAAGGAAAAGGGAGAUUAAGGGCUUUAUCCGUUUUGUUUGAGGUUGGAAUUGAAGAAAAUUUGGAUUACAAAGCCAUUAUUGAUGGAAUUGAGAGCGUUAGUCGUUUUGGGAAGCAGGCUGCUUUAGAUCCAUUCAUCCUGCAGAACCUUCUGCCAAACGCCACUGACAAGUAUUACAUUUACAAUGGCUCACUGACAUCUCCUCCCUGCACGGACACCGUUGAAUGGAUUGUUUUUAAGGAUACAGUUAGCAUCUCUGAAAGCCAGCUGGCUGUAUUUUGUGAAGUUCUCACAAUGCAACAGUCUGGCUAUGUCAUGUUGAUGGAUUACUUACAAAACAAUUUCCGGGAACAACAGUACAAGUUUUCCAGGCAGGUGUUUUCCUCAUACACUGGAAAGGAAGAGAUUCAUGAAGUAGUGUGCAGUUCAGAACCAGAAAAUGUGCAGGCUGACCCUGAAAAUUACACCAGCCUCCUGGUCACGUGGGAACGACCUCGCGUUGUUUAUGACACCAUGAUUGAGAAGUUCGCGGUGCUGUACCAGCCACUGGAGGGGAGCGACCAAACCAAGCAUGAGUUUUUAACAGAUGGCUAUCAGGACUUGGGUGCUAUUCUCAGUAAUUUACUACCUAAUAUGAGUUACGUUCUUCAAAUAGUGGCCAUAUGCACUAAUGGCUUAUAUGGAAAAUACAGUGACCAGCUGAUAGUCGACAUGCCUACCGAGGAUGCUGAACUUGAACUUUUUCCUGAAUUAAUUGGAACUGAAGAAAUAAUCAAGGAGGAAGAAUAUGGAAAAGACAAUGAAGACGACACUGGCUCAAACCCCAGUAGAGACAGUGCCACAAACCGAAUAAGGAAAAAGGAACCCCAAGUUUCUACCACAACGCGCUAUAAUCACAUGGGGACUAAAUAUAAUGAAGCCAAGACUAACCGAUCUCCAGCAAGAGAAAGUGAAUUCUCUGGAAAGAGUGAUGUUCUCAGCACACCUCAGAAUUCUACUUCCCAACAAGUUGCUGGAUUUGAUGCAGAAAAAGAAGUGUCCUUGCCUUCUCAGACUGGAACUAAUCAGCCACCACACAAUGUGGAAGGUACUUCAGCCUCCUCAGACGGUGGAUCUAAAACUCUCUUUGUCUUCCCACAGAUGAAUUUGUCUGGGACUGCGGAAACCUUAAAUGUGGUUUCCAUGACAGAGUACCAAGAGGUGUCUACUGACAUCAGUGAGGAAGAAAACUUACUGACUGAUUUCAAGCUCGAUACAGGAGCCGAUGAUUCUUCCGGUUCCAGCCCUGCAACCUCUACUGUCCCUUUUUUCUCAGAUAACAUAUCCCAUGGAUACAUAUCUUCUUCAGAAAUGCCCGAGGCGAUCACAUAUGAUGUCCUUAAGCCAGGAUCUACAACAGAUGCUUCGGAAGUAUCGGGUUCAGACGAAGCCCUAAAGGAUCCCUCUCCUGAUGGCAGUACGUGGUUUCCUGGCACCACAGAUCUAACAACACAGUCUGAGCCUGGGUCCGGCAGAGAGAGCUUUCUCCAGGAUAACUCCACGGACAGACACGUUGAGGAAUCUGGGGAGACAACUGAGUCAUUUCCUCCCGAUGCUACGGUGUCACAAGGUCCUUCAGUCACAGAUAUGGAAAUGCCACAUUACUCUACCUCUGCCUACCUCCCGACUGAAGUAACGCCACAUGCUCUCACGCCAUCUUCCAAACCUCUUGACUUGGCCCCCACUGUCAACGUACUCCACUCACAGACAACUCAGCCAGUAUACAAUGGUGAGGCACCUCUUCAACCUUCCUACGGUAGUGAAGCCUUUCCUCUAGUCACCCCUUUGUUGCUUGACAAUCAGACCCUCAACACUCCCCCUGCUGCUUCAAGUAGUGAUCCGGCCUUGCAUGCUACGCCUGUAUUUCCCAGUGUUGGUGUGUCAUUUGAAUCCAUGCUGUCUUCCUAUGACGGUGCACCUUUGCUCCCAUUUUCCUCUGCUUCCUUCAGUAGUGAAUUGUUUCACCAGCUGCAUCCAGUUUCUCAGACCCCUCCACAAGUUCCUUCAGCUGCUCAGAGGGAUAAGCUGUCUUUGCAUGCUUCUCUGCUGGUGGCUGGGGCUGACGUGCUGUUAGAACCCAGCCUUGUUCAGUAUUCUGACGCAGGGUCGUCGGACACGCUGGAAUUUGGUAGUGAAUCUGCUGUCCUCUAUAAAACAUCUAUGGCCUCUCAGAUUGAAUCACCCAGCAGUGGUGUCAUUAUGCAUGCAUACUCGCCAGGGCCUGAACCUUCUUAUGCGUUUGAGGGUUCCCACCAUGUGCUCACUGCUUCUUAUAGCUCUGCAAUACCUGUGCAUGAUUCUGUUGAUGUAUCCGAUCAGGGGUCCUCACUUAUCAAUCCUAGCCAUGUAUCAAUGCCUGGGGCCGCAUUUAUUACUCCAACUGCAUCAUUGCUGCAGCCUCCUCCUGCCCUCUCUGGCGAUGGGGAGUGGUCUGGGGCCUCCUCUGAUAAUGAAUUGCUUUUACCUGACACAGAUGGGCUGCGAACCCUUAACAUUUCUUCACCUGUCUCUGUAGUUGAAUUUACAUACACGACAUCUGUGUUUGGUGAGGAUGACAUUAAGCCGCUCUCUAAAAGUGAAAUAAUGAAUGGAAAUGAAACUGAACUGAAAAUGUCUUCUUCCACUGAGAUGGCAUACCCUUCUAAAAGCACAGUCAUGCCAAAGAUGUCUGACAUUGUAAAAAAGUGGGAUGCGUCUUUACAGGAAACCUCUGUUUCUAUUUCUAGCAUGAAGGGGAUGCUUCCAGAGUCUCUUGCUUAUCCCAUCACUAAGCUUUUUGAUUGGGAUAUUAGUCAAGUUCCAGAUAUUAACCUCCCAGUUCAACCUACACACACUGUAUCUCAAGCAAUCGGUGACCCUUGGCUUAAACCUGGGCUUAGCACCAACGCAGGGCCAGCAUUCUCUGGCCCUGCUUCUAGUGAACUAUUACACCCUUCAACACAACCCUUGCUCUAUGAGGCCACACCUCCUUUUAAUACUGAAGUAUUGCUGCGACCUUCCUUUCAGGCUUCUGAUGUUGACACCUUGCUUAAAACUGCUCUUCCAUCUGUGCCUAGUGAUCCAGUGUUGGCUGAAACCCCCAAGGUUGAGCAGGGUAGCUCUUCCACAUUGCAACCCAUGGCAUCAGAGUCUGCUUCACCUGAAAGCACGCUGCACUUUACAGCUCUACCAGCUCUCGAUGCGUCGCCUUCUAACGCGCACGCCACUACACUUCAAGGUUUAACAGUUCCUUCCACAAGUGAGAAAUAUUUUGAACGAGCUUUGCUUAAUGGCAAAAGUCCCCACAAAGUGCGGCCAUCUUUGCACAGUAAUGAUGAGUUGUUCCAAACUGCACAUCUGGAUGUUAGCCAGGCCCAUCCUCUGAAAACGAGGCGUGCAUUUGCUACUCCCACUGUAUCAAUUGACGAACCACAAAAUAUACUUACAAGCGAGCUUGUGUAUUCUCAGGAAGUUUUCACGCUCAGUGAAAGUUCUAUUACUGAUAAGGCACUUGCUGGCCUCCCAACGGUUGCUUCUGAUGUGCUUGUAUCUACUGACCAUUCUGUCCCAUUAGGAAGUGGGCCCGUUUCCACGACAACUGUCUCUCCCAGCAGAGACGAUUCUGUGACCACAGCCAAGUUGCUUCUUCCCUCUAAAGCUAUGUCUAAGCUGACUCCUAGUCCCCGAUCUGAUGCUAAUGUAGUGGGAGGUGGUGAAGAUGGUGAUGACUAUGAUGAUGAUGGUGAUGAUGACAUAGAUAGUGAUCACUUUUCCAGGAAUAAGUGUAUGUCAUGUUCACCCUAUAGAGAAUCACAGGAAACGGUAACGAACGACUCAGACACCCAGGAGAACAGUCCUGUGGAUCAGAGUGACCCAAUUUCACAUUCACUAUUUGAUAAUACAGAAGAAGAAGAUGGAGGCACAGGUGUCACUAGUGUGGACAAAGGUCCUGGCAAAUCAGCACCAACAAGUAUGCUACCCCAGAAGCACAGUGAUGGAGAAGAGGACAGUGAUGUUCAAAUGGGCAGUGCUAUUUUUCCUCUCACCCCAGAAUCUAAAGCAUGGGCAGUUUUGACAAGUGAUGAAGAGAGUGGGUCAGGGCAAGGCACCUCAGAUAGCCUUAAUGAUAACGAGACAUCCACAGAUUUCAGUUUCCCAGAUGUUAAUGAAAAAGAUGCUGAUGGUGUCCUGGAAGCAGAUGGCACAGGCAUAGCUCCUGGAUCUCCACGGUCCUCCACGCCCUCUGUUACUAGUGGGCACUCGGGAGUAUCCAACAGUUCAGAGGCAGAGGCCAGUAAUAGUAGCCAUGAGUCUCGAAUUGGUCUAGCUGAGGGCUUGGAAUCUGAGAAGAAAGCGGUUAUCCCCCUUGUGAUCGUGUCUGCCCUGACUUUUAUGUGUCUAGUGGUUCUUGUUGGUAUUCUCAUCUAUUGGAGAAAAUGCUUCCAGACUGCUCACUUUUACUUGGAAGACAACACAUCCCCUCGAGUGAUCUCUACUCCACCAACACCCAUCUUUCCAAUUUCAGAUGAUAUUGGAGCAAUCCCAAUAAAGCAUUUUCCAAAGCAUGUUGCAGACUUACAUGCAAGUAAUGGGUUCACUGAAGAAUUCGAGACACUGAAAGAGUUUUACCAGGAAGUGCAGAGUUGUACUGCUGACUUAGGUAUUACGGCAGACAGCUCCAAUCGCCCAGAAAACAAGCACAAGAACAGAUACGUCAACAUUGUCGCCUAUGACCACAGCAGGGUGAAGCUCACACAGCUUGCUGAGAAAGACGGAAAACUGACUGAUUACAUCAAUGCCAAUUAUGUUGAUGGCUACAGCAGACCAAAGGCUUACAUCGCUGCCCAGGGCCCACUGAAGUCCACAGCCGAAGACUUCUGGAGGAUGAUAUGGGAGCACAACGUGGAAGUCAUCGUUAUGAUAACAAACCUCGUGGAGAAAGGAAGAAGAAAAUGUGACCAGUACUGGCCUACUGAUGGUAGUGAAGAGUAUGGGAGCUUCCUAGUCAACCAAAAGGAUGUUCAGGUGCUUGCUUACUACACUGUGAGGAAUUUCACCCUAAGAAACACAAAGAUAAAAAAGGGCUCCCAGAAAGGAAGAUCCAGUGGGCGCCUAGUCACACAGUAUCAUUACACUCAGUGGCCUGACAUGGGUGUCCCAGAGUACUCCCUGCCUGUGCUGACCUUCGUGAGAAAGGCUGCCCAGGCCAAGCGCCAUGCAGUCGGGCCAGUUGUCGUCCACUGCAGCGCAGGCGUGGGGAGAACGGGCACGUACAUUGUGCUGGACAGCAUGCUGCAGCAGAUUCAACAUGAAGGAACUGUCAACGUAUUUGGCUUCUUAAAACACAUUCGUUCACAAAGGAAUUAUUUGGUGCAAACAGAGGAUCAGUACGUCUUCAUUUACGAUACACUGGCUGAGGCCAUACUCAGCAAAGAGACAGAGGUCCCGGACAACCACAUCCACGCCUAUGUUAAUACACUCCUCAUACCUGGAGCGACAGGCAAGACAAAACUAGAGAAACAAUUCCAGCUUCUCAGUCAGUCAAAUAUUCUUCAGAGUGACUAUUCUACAGCCCUGAAGCAAUGUAACAGAGAGAAGAACAGAACGUCCUCCAUCAUCCCUGUGGAAAGAUCCAGGGUGGGCAUCUCAUCCCUGAGUGGGGAAGGCACGGACUACAUCAAUGCAUCCUAUAUCAUGGGUUAUUACCAGAGCAAUGAAUUUAUCAUUACCCAGCAUCCCCUGCUGCACACCAUCAAGGAUUUCUGGAGAAUGAUAUGGGAUCAUAACGCCCAGCUGGUGGUUAUGAUCCCAGAUGGCCAAAACAUGGCAGAAGAUGAAUUUGUUUACUGGCCAAAUAAGGAUGAACCCAUAAAUUGUGAAAGCUUCAAAGUCACUCUUAUGUCUGAAGAACACAAAUGUCUAUCGAAUGAUGAGAAACUGAUAGUUCAAGACUUCAUCCUAGAAGCGACACAGGAUGAUUAUGUGCUGGAAGUAAGGCAUUUUCAGUGUCCCAAAUGGCCAAACCCGGACAGUCCCAUUAGUAAGACAUUUGAACUUGUAAGCAUUAUCAAAGAAGAAGCUGCCAGCAGGGACGGGCCCGUGAUUGUUCAUGAUGAGCAUGGAGGAGUAACAGCAGGCACUUUCUGUGCGCUGACAACACUCAUGCACCAACUCGAAAAGGAGAACUCCGUGGACGUUUACCACGUAGCCAAGAUGACCAACUUGAUGCGGCCGGGAGUCUUCACCGACAUUGAGCAGUAUCAGUUUCUCUACAAAGUGGUCCUCAGCCUUGUCAGCACAAGGCAGGAAGAGAAUCCGUCCACGUCUCUGGACAGUAAUGGUGCAGCUUUGCCUGAUGGAAACAUAGCUGAAAGCCUGGAGUCUUUAGUUUAAUACAGAAAGGGAGAAGGGCAGCCCCCAUCCAAGCAUUGUUCUCUUCUUUCUAAAAUUUGAAAAACGAGUCCAAUUCUUUCAUCUGUGUACUCCCCAUGACCUGAUGGUAACUCAUUCUGCUGCCAAAUUGACACCAUUAACAACGUGUGCCUUUUUGAAAGACUUCUUGUAAUUCACCUAUUAUGUUUGAACUAAAAUGAUUGAAUUUUACAGUAUUUCUAAGAAUUGAAUUGUGGUAUUUUUUUUUCCAUAUUGAUUUUAACAACAACAGCAACAACAAAAACUCAAUUUAUAGGUAAUAGGAAUCCCCAACCUUGGGAGAUGUUUGUUUUUAAGUGUCAAAUUUUAAGCUGUAUUUGUACCAAUCAGCAAGUUUGCUAGAAAUAGAACUUUUAAUAUACUAGAUUGUGAGUAACUGCUUUAUCCCCAAUGACAGUCAACAUUUUACAACUGCAGUAUUCAACUGACAUAGGAGUGAUAGUUAACAUGUAAAUACUGCUCUGAUGACUCCAUGGACCAAAUUUAUAUUUAUAAUUGUAGAUUUUUAUAUUUUACUACUGAGUGAGUUUUCUAGUGGUGUACUUGAGUUUAAUGAUGUAGCUGAUUCUCUGGUCUUACUUUACAUGUCUUCUAAAAUUGUAUCAUGUUAUCCAAGAAACUAACCCUGUUUCUGCAUGUGAUUUUUAACUUUUGUGAGAAAUAGAAAACCACUUGUUUAAAAUAUGUUUUUAUGAAAAUAACACCUUACCAAACAUUCCUUAAAUGGUUUUUAUCUGAGACGUUGCAAAAAUAAAUAUAAAUAUUGCCAUUAA